GCCAGACCCCCGGGGUUGUGUGAACGAUGUACGGAGGAGUCGGGCGGCGGCGGCGGCGCUGAGCCAGGCAGAGCCAUGAGCUACCAGAUCCUGAUACUCCUGGCCAUGCUGACCCUGGGCCUGGCUAUCUCUCAGCGCCGAGACCAAGUGCCGUGUAGGACGGUGAACAAGGAGGCCUUGUGCCACGGCCUCAGCCUGCUUCAGGUCCCCUCGGUGCUCUCACUGGACAUCCAAGCUCUCUACUUGUCCGGGAACCGGCUGCAGAGCAUCCUGGUCUCCCCGUUGAGCUUCUAUACAGCACUUCGCCACCUGGAUUUAAGUGACAACGAGAUUAGCUUCCUCCAGCCGGGGGUCUUCCAGGCCUUGCCCUACCUGGAGCACCUCAACCUGGCCCACAACCGGCUUGCCGCGGGCAUGGCACUGAACAGUGGUGGUCUGGGCCGCCUGCCCCUUGUGGUCUCCCUGGACCUGUCUGGGAACAGCCUGCAUGGCAGUCUGGUGGAGCGGCUGUUGGGUGAGGCUCCGAGGCUGCGCACGCUCUCCCUGGCAGAGAACAGCCUCACUCGCCUGGCACGCCACACCUUCUGGGGUAUGCCCGCCAUGGAGCAGCUGGACCUUCACAGCAACGUCCUGAUGGACAUUGAGGAUGGUGCCUUUGAGGCCCUGCCCCAGCUGACUCACCUCAAUCUCUCCCGCAACUCCCUCACGUGCAUCUCGGACUUCAGCCUCCAGCAGCUGCAGGUACUUGACCUGAGCUGCAACAGCAUUGAGACCUUCCAGACGGCCCCAGAAUCACAGGCCCAGUUCCAGCUGGCCUGGCUUGACCUACGGGAGAACAAGCUGCUCCACUUCCCUGACCUGGCCAUGUUCCCAAGACUCAUCUACCUGAAUGUGUCUAACAACCUCAUCCAGCUCCCUACAGGGCUGCCCCAGGACAGCGAGGACCUCCAUGCACCGUCGGAAGGCUGGUCAGCCUCUCUACUGUCCAACCCCAGUCGGAAUGCCAGCAUCCACCCCCUCUCCCAGCUCCUAAACCUGGACCUGAGUUACAAUGAGAUUGAAUUGGUCCCUGCUGGCUUUCUCGAGCAUCUGACCUCCCUGCGCUUCCUCAACCUCAGCAGAAACUGUCUGCGAUCCUUUGAGGCUCGGCGAGCGGGCUCCCUGCCCUGCCUGGUACUUCUGGACUUGAGCCACAAUGUGCUGGAAGCGUUAGAACUGAGUACCAAAGUCCUGGGGUCACUGAAGACAUUGCUUCUGCAGGACAACACCUUGCGAGAACUUCCGCCCUACACCUUUGCCGGCCUGGCCAGCCUGCAGAGGCUCAACCUACAGGGAAACCAGGUCAGCCCCUGUGGGGGACAAGCAGAGCCGGGUCCCCCGGGCUGUGUGGACUUCUCUGGGAUCCCCACCCUCCAUUUUCUUAACAUGGCGGGGAACUCGAUGGAAACACUCAGGGCAGGCAGCUUCCUCCACACCCCACUUACUGAGCUGGACCUCUCUGCCAAUCCUGGUCUGGAUGUGGCCACGGGAGCCUUGGUGGGCCUGGAGGCAUCCUUGGAGGUCCUGGAGCUUCAAGGCAACGGGCUGGUGGUCCUGAGAGUAGACUUGCCCUGCUUCCGUCGUCUCAAGCGCCUUAACCUUGCUGAGAACCGCUUAAGCCACCUGCCUGCUUGGACACGGGCUGUGUCCCUGGAGGUGCUGGAUCUGCGGAACAACAGCUUCAGCCUCUUGCCGGGCAAUGCCAUGGGUGGCCUGGAGACCAGUCUCCGGCGGCUGUACUUGCAGGGAAAUCCACUCAGCUGCUGCGGCAAUGGCUGGCUGGCGGCCCAGUUGCACCAGGGCCGAGUGGAUGUGGACGCCACUCAGGACCUCAUCUGCCGCUUUGGCUCCCAGGAGGAGGUGUCCCUGAGCCUAGUGCGUCCAGAGGACUGUGAGAAGGGGGGGCUGAAGAAUGUUAACCUCAUCAUCAUCCUUAGCUUUACACUGGUGUCCGCCAUAGUCCUUACCACGCUGGCCACCUGCUGCUUCCUCCGCAGGCAGAAGCUCAGCCAACAGUACAAAGCCUGACGGGGCUGUGGGAGCCUCUUCCCACUCCCUGAGGAAGCCAGAGAGGCAGGGAAGCUGGGGUCCAACUCAGGUUACACAGUGGCCAGGGACUUGGUGUCCCACACACUGCCACGUGGACUACAUACGUGGUCCAGCUGUGGCGCUCAAAGUGGGACAGUUCACUGAACAGGGGAUGCCAAUAGCUCUCCACUGAGCAUGUUUCAGGCCACACCCAUCUCCGCGUACUAGUAAGUGAAACACGUGCCUAUCCUCUGGCAAGAGAGGCUGUCACAGAACCACACAG